AUGCCUGAGAUGCAGACUUUCUACCAGAUCCGCCACACCAUCCGUCACCCCCCAGGUCUCUACCUGGACCCCACCCUGAUGCAGCGGCGUGUCCUGGAAGAUCAAGUGGAGCUGUGGUGGUUCAGACAGCCACGCCGCUCCCUGUUGUGCUACUGUGCCUCGGUGGCCCUCAUACUGGGACUGGGCCUCAGUGGCGUGGGCCUCCUCUCCACCACCACCAGCCUGUCCGGGGAGUGGCGCCUCGGGGUGGGCACCACACUCUGCCUUUUGGCCCUGGCCGUCCUGCUCAAGCAGCUUCUCAGCUCUGCCAUCCAGGACAUGAACUGCGUGCGCAGCCGUCGUCGGAUCGACCAGCUGAAGAGCGGCGGGAGGGCUGACCCGGCACUCAUCUUAGCUGUGGGGCUGGCAGUGACGCUCUGCGGGACGGUGCUUCUCUGCAUGGCCAAAGUCGGCAGACAAGGUCACGACAGCAAGGAGAUGCUGGUGUCUGGUCUGGUGCUGAUGGCUGCUGGGGCAGGCAUGGCUCUUGCUGUUGCGGGCUACGGCGUGCUCAUCUACCUUCAAAGACGAAGGGAGCAGAGGAGGAGGAGGAGGAUGAGAAUGAGCAGAGCAAGGAGGCUGGGGAGUCGAGCUGUUAGGGUGUUCAGUGUCUCCGGACAGCAGAUGAGCCAGGCCAGGAGAGAGACAUCCUCCAGCAGGACCAGCCUCAUCUGA